CGCGCUGGUGGCGUAACGUCAUCUGUGUUUAUGUGGCCCUCUACUCCAGUUUUAUUAUCGGGGCUGUGGCUAAAUUAGCAUGGUAGCAUGUCGUCAAACAUGAUUUGACUACAUAGCAGACACUAAGGACAGAGAUGGCGGUGUGUGCACUGACAAUGGAUGGGAUGGGAGGCGAGGUGGCUGCAGUAAGCGGUGUGUUACUCCUGGUCUUGGCCUUGGUCCUGGCUUGGCUCUCCACGCAAGUGGAAGAUCGGGGAGACCACAUCCUGAGCACCAUACUUACAGUCGGGGCCCACGCCUCUCUAAUCGGGCUGGGGGCCCAUGACAGUUACAGUGGAGGGCCACCCAGUGCAGACACCCCAGAGCAGCAAACACCUCCACCCUCCCAGGAGAACAAGCCAGAGGAGGGGGAGCCUGGGUCUGAGAGGGAAGAUGGUGAGGGAACAGGAGAGGGGACUGCAGGGGCUGGAGUGGACCUGCUGUUGAAUAUCCAGGGGAAGAAACCUCAGACAUACCAGCCUGAUGAUGAUGAUGAUGAAGAUGAUGAGGAAGAGGAUGACUAUGAGGAAGAAGAGAAGGUUCAGAAGCUGAGCCCAGUGGUCUCCUGCACCAGCAUCACGGUUCGUUUGAAGUUCCUGAAUGACACAGAAGAGGUGGCAGUCCUGAGUCCCCAGGAUACAGUGGGUCUACUGAAGAGUAAGUACUUCUCGGGGCGGGAGCGUCAGAUCAAGUUGAUCUACCAGGGCCAGCUGCUUCAGGAUCCCAAACGGACUCUGCUCUCCCUCAACAUCUCUCACAACAGUGUGAUCCACUGCCACGUGUCCCAGGUGCUGCGGGAGGCCAGCCCAGAGGAGGCAGCUCGCUCUGGGGCUAGUGGGGGAAUCAGGGCUGCAGGCCUGGCUCUGAGCACCAGCAGCCUGGUGGUGCCUGUGUUUGUGGUGAUGUUAGCCGUGGUCUGGUACUUCCGCAUCAACUACCGUCAGUUCUUCACCGCCCCUGCUACCAUCUCCCUGGUGGGAGUCACUGUGUUCUUCAGCUUCCUCAUCUUUGGAAUGCACAGCCGGUGAGCGGGAGAGGAGGCAGGAUGGAAGGUCCCUCAUCUGGGCAGGAGAAUGAGAAGGAAUAACAACUGUGUCAGGAGGAUGAAUGGAGUCAGGGGGCCUCUGCCUCAGACACCAUAGAGCUCAACUGGAAUCCUUAGAGUGGGUGUGUUUGUGCAUGCACCAGCAAAUAGCAUAAUGUGAGAUUGAUUGUAUGUGCAGAGAUUCAAGUUAUCUGGAAUGUGUGUUUGUUAGUAUGAAGCAGAGAUAAUACUGAGCUGUAAUUUUGCUUCUCAGAAAAACAUUGAGUGGGCCCAGCUCCUGUUGGUCCUUAUAGGGCAGAACCAUCAGCAUCACACCCAGGACCACAGGCUGCUUGGUCCACUGUGUCAGCAAUAUCUUCUGGCCAGUUUGGCUUCACAUAGCCUGUUCGUCAUUAUAUACAUGUUAACGUUCCAGAAAUGUUUUGUCUUUUUGUAGUACGUGUUUGAACGAGCAAUUCAUUUCCUCAUUUGCAACGGAAACAAAAUUAAGAUUAUACAACUAAAGACUUGACUCUAGAGCAACUUUGAAACCACUUGCCAUGUAUGGAGUGCUGGUUAUAUUUCUACUUUCUUUCCAGUUCUUUGGGAAUGAGCUUUCACCUUAGUUAUUGUGGACUGUAACAACUGCCUUAUUGCAAGGCAAAACAGUUUAAGGAUUUUUGUUGCUUGAAUUACUCUACGUUAAUAUCUUUUAUUUUAAACCAUAUAAGUUAAUGCAUGAAAAUAAGCAACAUGUUUGGUUUAGAAAAUACUGUAAAUAUGUAUUUACUGUACAUAGAAUGAAUGGGAUAAAACCACAUCGGACACAUCAGGAUUUCUGUUGGGGAAUGUGACACAGAUGACAGGGAAAAUCUCUUUAUCCCGAUUGUUUUCCUCUGGCUUCAGUGCUGUGAUUCAGAUUUAAAGACAUUCAAACCAAUCAGUCCCUGUGUAAAGAGGGAGUAUGUCUGAUAUUGGACAAAAUGACAGAACGCAAGAAAUCUGAAUGGCACUUGAUUUUACUCAGACAAAGAAACUUCUGUACACAUGGGGAACUGGGAUAUAAAGAGAACCUAGCUGUGCAUCACAUUAAAAUACAAUUGACAUAUUUGCACAUGCGCACACACACACGUGCAUGAAAAAA